AUAGUUUUAAAAUAUAUUUAUUAAAAGUUUUGUUAUUGUGUGACGUGAAAAAAAUAUGGAUAAAAAUUGAAUGGCGUAAAGUGUUUUAAGUACAACCCUGUGUGGUGAAUAGUUGAAAAUACACGCAUACAUACGAAAAUGCUUGAAAUUGUUUGACAUUUCGGCAAAAUUGCUUGUAGUUACCACGUGAAGUUAAAUAAAAAAGAAUUUCAUCACUGUUAGAAAACUCUCAUCCAUAAAAGCAAGGAUCGAAACAGAAAUCAUAAUUAAUCAACAAAUACUAGUAAGAUUUUAUCAACAUAUAAGCAGCUUCAUUGAUAAAAAAGGAAUAUGGCUUUACGUGUGCAAUUUGAAAACAAUGACGAUGUUGGCGUCUUCAGUAAACUAACAAAUUCAUAUUGCUUGGUUGCAAUUGGUGGAUCCGAAGCUUUUUACAGUGUAUAUGAAUCAGAAUUGGCAGAAACGAUACCAGUUAUACAUGCUUCGAUUGGUGGAUGCCGGAUAAUUGGGCGUAUUUCGGUUGGAAAUAAAAAUGGACUGUUAGUCCCGAAUUCCACAAGUGAUGUGGAAUUACAACAUUUACGCAAUUCUCUUCCGGAAACAGUCAAGGUACAGCGUGUAGAAGAGCGUUUAUCAGCGUUGGGAAAUGUUAUAGCAUGCAAUGAUUACGUUGCUCUAGUGCAUCCCGAUCUCGACAAAGAAACUGAAGAAAUUAUUGGUGACGUACUAAAUGUAGAAGUAUUUCGGCAAACUAUUGCUGACAACACACUUGUCGGCUCGUACACAGUGCUUAGCAAUCAAGGUGGAAUGGUGCAUCCUAAAACUAGUAUACAAGAUCAAGAUGAACUGUCAUCAUUGCUACAAGUUCCUCUCGUCGCUGGUACGGUAAAUCGUGGCAGUGAAGUUUUAGCUGCUGGUAUGGUAGUAAAUGACUGGAUUUCCUUCGUGGGCAUGAAUACAACAGCAACGGAAAUUUCUGUUAUUGAAAGUGUAUUCAAAUUAAAUCAAGCACAGCCGGCAACUGUCACAACCAAAUUGCGUGCUGCACUCAUUGAACAACUAUCAUAAAAUAAUUUAAUGUUUGCAGAAAUUAGUUUAUAUAUUAUACAUAUUAGGACAACCCUAAAUUUUGUUAUUCACAAACAAUAUAAAUAAAUAUAUUUUUUAAUAAUGUAAA